AACUCUGGACGCAAUGUUGUUUUUGAGAAUAAAGACGAAAUUUGCCCAUUUGAGUCUGUUUUAAGCGUUUUAUCCCCCGAUUUUCGUCGAGACUUUGUCACCAACUCCAAAACCAAAAUCCCCAAGUUUGAAAAUGGGCAUCAAAGACCUGUGGACGCUUCUGGCCCCUUUCGGGGAGCGUAAGCCCCUCUACGAGCUGCAGGGCAAGACCGUGGCCAUCGACUUGUCGUGCUGGGUGUGCGAGUCGCAAAACGUGACCGAAUACACGGUGCAACCCCGCAUGUACUUGAGAAAUUUGUAUUUCCGCACUUGUUACUUGCUCCUAAUGGACGUAAAUGUGGUGUUUGUGCUCGAGGGGCGCGCCCCCGAGCUCAAAUACAAGACGAUCGCCGCCCGCAAUGCCCUGCAGUUCAAAGGGGCGAAGCCCAAAAAUGGGGCCAAGACCAAGGACAGGUCGAGGUUUAAUCACACGUUGAAACGGUGCGAGGAGAUGUUGAGUUUGUUGGGGCUUGCGUGUGUGACUGGGGAGGGCGAGGCCGAGGCUUUGUGCGCACAAUUGAAUGAAACUGGGCUCGUCGAUGGGAUUAUUAGUCAGGAUUCGGAUUGUUUCGCGUAUGGGGCACGUGUCGUUUAUCGCAAUUUUUCCAUCUCGCAGCAGGGCAAUCAGGCGGCCAAAGGGGGCUCUGUGGACGUUUAUGACAUCAGUGUGGCCAAUGAGCGACUGAAUUUUGGCAGGAAUAAGAUCAUUGCCUUGGCGCUCCUUUGUGGCAGUGACUAUAGCGACGGAGUCCACGGAAUUGGCAAAGAUUCAGUCGUGAAAUUCUUCAAUUUAGUAAAAGACGAUGAAAUUUUGCAACGCUUAAGAUCGUGGCGUCACGCCUCGAUUUACGACGACUUGGAGGCAAAAAUUUGCGACAAAAAUCGAUGCACGUCUUGUGGUCAUUCAGGCAAAGUGCAAGCGCAUGCAAAAAAGGGCUGCAUUGUGUGCAAGACAAACCAAGGCUGCGGUUCUAGUUACAAAAACGAAAGACUUGAAAUUAAAAAUGAGCUAAAUAUGAGGAGCAAAGCUUUGCUUGACCCCAACUUCCCCGACGAGAAUUUAAUUAAUGAAUUCCUGGGCCAGAAAAGCACAGUUUCGGAGCUAGACCUGAGAUGGCGUAAGCCCGAUUUGGCCAAUUUCAUAAAAUUUACAGUUAAAUACCUGACUUGGGAGGAGAUUUACGGUUUUGAAAAGUUCUUCCCGAUUUUAACCAGAUGGCAAUUGUUACAUUACGACCAAAUCAACGACAAGACGCAAGGAAUUGUUUCCCCAAAAUUUAUCAAGAAACGACGGACUUUAAAAGGAAUCGCUAGUUAUGAGAUAGUUUGGGAAGACAAGGGUUGUUUUAGUGACUUGAUCCCUGAAGAACAGUUGGAACAAUUCGGCGAUUUGGAAAAGUUGUGGUCAACCGUGGAGCCCCAAAACCUGGUCGAAAGGGCCUUCCCUCACUUGGUGCAAGAGUUUGAAUCAAAAAAGCCCAAACCUAAGGCUAGGAAAAAGAAAUGUGCAGUUGAUGAAAUUGACGGUUUGUUGCAAAACAUUUCAAUCACUAUGAAAUCACCGGUGAAGAAGAAAACUAGGAAAAAUCAACCACACACUUUGGAGUCGUUCGUGUGCAAGGUUUCGACUCCUAGAAAGGGGGCCCCUGAGGUGUCUUUCGACCUCGACCAGUCGAAUUUUGGCGACGAGGAUGACUUAGAGGUGUCUGACAUUGUCGACGACAUCAUCAAGCGGGACUUGCCCACUUAUGUGCCCCAGAAGUUGGCAGAAUGUAGCUUUUUUGUGAGUGAGAUGAUUGAAAACGAUUUAUUUGAAAAGACGUUUGGGGGUUACUUUAGCAGCGAUACUGACUCGAAUACUGUUGGUUAAUAAACGAUCUAGACAGCAGU